CCCCCCUCCCUGGGGGCUGUCGAGCUGCGGGGCAGCGGCAGCAGCGACUCGGGCCGGCGUUUCCCCGCCCUUCAGCUGGGGGCUGCUGACCCUGUGGAGGGGCCCCCGCCGGGUGAGUACCAGGGCUGCGGGUGUCUUUGUUCAGUGGUGACGAUGGCCCUGCCUGGGCAGGAGGACUACGUGUUCGCCUACCGCGACUCAUCGCACCCUGCGUGCCUGCUGGACGCGUUCAGGGCGUUCUACCUAGACGGGCUAUUCACUGACAUCGCGCUUCAGGCCGCCUCGGGAGUCCUGCUGCAUUGCCACAGAGUCGUCCUGGCGUCUUGCAGCUGUUAUUUCAGAGCCAUGUUCACAGCCGAUAUGAAAGAGAAAUCUAAAAACCAGAUCAGGCUUCCCGAGCUGAGCCACGCCGUCCUGGAAGCCCUCGUGAAUUAUGCGUACACCUCCCAGAUCCAAAUAACAAAGAGAAAUGUGCAAAGCCUGCUGCAGGCGGCUGAUCUCCUCCAGUUUGUCUCAGUCAAGAGAGCCUGUGAGCAGUUUCUAGUCAGGCAUCUGGAUGCUGACAACUGCCUUGGGAUGCAUGCCUUUGCUGAGCACCACAAUUGCCUGGAACUGGAAAAAGAGUCCCGGAGGAUGUUGCUGUGGCAGUUUGAAGAAGUGUGGAAGCAGGAGGAGUUCCUGGAUGUUAGCAAGGAGAAGCUGGCUUUCAUCCUCUCCAGAGAGAACCUCAAUGUCUGGAAAGAAGAGGCGGCUGUUGGAGCUGUUGUUAGGUGGGUUGCACACAAUGUAGAGGAAAGAAUUGAAGACAUCUAUGAACUGCUGAGCUGCAUCAAACUAGACCUAGAUAACACGUAUUUGAGGUCAGCUUUAAGCCUGCAAAAAAAAUGCCGACUUAAUGAUAAUAAGAUAAGGUCCCUCGUGUGCAGUGCCCUAAACCCUGGUCCCAAAGGCCUUUCCAAAAGACCAACGGCCACCAUGUAUGUGGUUGGAGGAUAUUAUUGGCAUCCCUUAUCAGAAGUGCACGUUUGGGAUCCUUUAACUAAUGCGUGGCUCCAGGGAGCAGAAAUGCCGGAUCACACUCGUGAGAGCUAUGGGGUCACAAGCCUGGGGCCAGACAUAUAUGUGACAGGAGGCUACAGAACAGAAAGCAUCGAAGCCCUGGAUACUGUGUGGAUAUAUAACAGCGAGCAGGAUGAGUGGGCAGAGGGCUGCCCCAUGCUUGAUGCAAGAUACUACCACUGUGCAGUAUCCCUGAGCGGCUGCAUCUACGCACUGGGUGGCUACCGGAAGGGAGCUCCAGUGCAAGAAGCUGAGUUCUAUGAUCCUUUGAAAAAGAAAUGGGUUCCUAUUGCAAACAUGAUCAAAGGUGUUGGGAACGCCACCGCCUGUGUCCUCCACGAAGUCAUCUACGUAACCGGCGGUCAUUAUGGCUACAGGGGAAGCUGCACCUAUGAUAAGAUCCAGAGAUACCAUUCGGGUAGCAAUGAGUGGAGCAUCAUCACCACAAGUCCACAUCCAGAAUAUGGACUGUGUUCAAUCACAUUACAAAACAAGAUCUAUUUUGUGGGUGGACAGACCACGAUCACAGACUGCUAUGACCCAGAGCAGGACGAGUGGAAGCAGAUGGCUCACAUGUUGGAACGGAGAAUGGAGUGUGGCGCAGUGGUGAUGAACGGGUGCAUCUAUGUGACAGGAGGAUAUUCCUAUUCCAAAGGAACGUAUCUGCAGAGUAUUGAGAAAUUUAACCCUGAACUAAACACAUGGGAAGCAGUAGGCAACCUUCCCAGCGCCAUGCGUUCACAUGGCUGUGUCUGUGUGUAUAAUGUGUAAGCAUUAGAUUUUCAUAGCACUGAUGAAGAAAAGAGAUAUGAUAUUCCUAAUGGUACUGAUUACCUCAUGAACAAGAUAACUAACACAAUCUCUUAGUGCACAUUCGCUAAGGACUGUACAAUUUGUUUUAAAUAAUUCAGAAGGGUAAAUAUGGGGAAAAUAUUUCCAUGUUUUCUCUGUCAUGGAAACUUUCAAAUGACUCUAAUAAUACUUUGUACAGCUUUGUACAUCAGAACUACAGUGAAAAACAAAUUUAUUUUUACCAAUCACUGGAUAGAACUAACUUGAUGCUAAGGUGAGCAAAACCAACGUAUUUUGCCUUUCUGUGGAGCAGCGGGCUUAGGAUAUAAUCUUUGAUACUCUGAAGAUAGAUGUAGGAAUGGCUCAUUGCCACAGAUUUGAUGUGUGAGACAUACACAGUGAUAUCACUUGGAGAGUAGUGUUACACAUCCAGGAACUGCAGGCAGCUGCAGGGCAUCUCUAAAUCCACCUUCAGAUGCCAGAGUGAAGAAGAAUACGCACAGAGAAAGGGGGAAGAAAUACCACCUGGUAGCCCAGGUAUGCAAACAGAAACUGUAUGCCAGCUUCAUGGUGUUGUAGUGGGAUUUUGGACUGCUUUGCAGCUGUUGUUGAUUGCUGUAUGUUUUAUACUGAGAGAAAAGCCUUACUAUGAUAACUGUUUUUGAUAUUUAACACAUGUUCUCCUAGAAUGGAAGGUGGAGUGGGACCGAAUGGUCCAGAGUCCCCCUGCUGCUGCGGGACUGCAUGCAGUCUGACACAAGUGAUCCUAUCAGAGCAAGGCUGGGUUAGCCUGCACAGGCCCUGCAGUCCUGCUUACAGAAUGACAGC